CGGAAAGCAUGAAAGCAAUAAUGGCGCGCAGGAAGAAGGGGCCAGCCUUUGUGCCGAUUGACGCACACUUCCAGCGAGCUUCGACGCUACCUCGCUCUCAAGCUCAAGAAGAAGGGAAACCGCCCGCUGAUGCCAUCGACUUGACGCUGGACGACGCGCCACUAAGUCGACAGAAGCGUCAACGUUCAUUCUACGAGGAAUCAGAUGACGAACCAGAGAACAGAGAGCCCAAUACAGCACUAGACUUAAUCCGACAGAGUAGAAGCCGCUCAGCAGCAUCGAGUGAGCCUCCACAAACAAAGAAACGAGCAGUACAAACAUCUAAAAGUCCCAACGAUAGCCUCGCCCGAGCCAAUCGAAAAGUCUUCGGUAACGACGGCUUCCGGAAGAACCAGCGAGAGGUCAUAGAAGCUACAAUGCGUGGAGAAGACUGCUUUGUCCUGAUGCCUACAGGAGGCGGCAAGAGUCUGUGCUACCAGCUUCCUGCUGUGCUGAGCAAAGGCGUGACCAUUGUAGUCUCGCCGCUCCUAUCGCUUAUUCAAGACCAAGUGACGGCGCUGAUUCAGAAUCCUGGAUGUGGCAUUCCAGCCGCAUUUCUAACGAGCCAAACGUCAUUAACACUCAAGAGAUCCAUCACAGCUGAGCUGAAACGCUCUGCGCCCAGUGUCAAGCUGCUGUACUUGACACCCGAGAAGAUCAUCAAGUCUCCAGAGAUGAUGGACUUGUUAAAAGACUUGCAUCGUAACAAGAUGCUGGCUCGGUUCGUGAUCGAUGAAGCUCAUUGUGUUAGCCAAUGGGGACACGACUUCCGACCCGAGUAUAACCAGCUUGGGCUACUCAAGAAAACCUUCCCUACCGUGCCUCUGAUGGCAUUAACAGCGACAGCGCCACCCAAGGUCAUCGACCACGUCAAGAAGUCGCUGUUGAUAUCAAACGGACACGUGUUUUCCAUGAGUUUUAACCGACAGAACCUUACUUUCGAGGUGCGCGAUAAGCCUCGCGGAGGCGAUAAGAAGGCCCUGGACGCGCUGUAUCAACUCAUAUCGAAGACGUAUCCGCCCGACGCAGUGGGUAUCGUGUACUGUAUGACGAAACAAGACUGUGAAAAUGUAGCCAACUACCUCUUUGACCACGGAUUAAGCGCUGAUUUCUACCAUGCUGGACAGUCCGCCACUGACCGACACAUGGUACAAGAGGCUUGGCAGAACGGUCAGCUUAGUAUCGUGUGUGCUACGAUCGCUUAUGGGAUGGGUAUAAACAAACCCGACGUGCGCUAUGUGAUCCACUUCUCGGUAGCCAAGUCCAUUGAAGGCUACUACCAAGAAGCUGGGCGAGCCGGGCGAGACGGGAAGCCGUCGCAAUGUAUCUUGUUCUACAGUCCACGUGACGUGUCCAAGAUGCGCAACAUCUUGUCGAUGCCACAGAAAGGAAUGACGAAGAAGACACGCGCCGUUCACAUAGAGAAGCUCAGGUCAAUGGCGGAAUACUGCGAGGAUGACACGACGUGUCGUCGACAACUGCUUAUAUCGUACUUUGGCCAGCAAUUCCAGCGCUCAGACUGCAACCAGACGUGCGACAACUGCCGACGUACGCAACGUGCAGCGCGCAUGAAUCGUUAAUGACGCCGUAAUAUAUACGUCCGUAGGUUAA